AUGUUAAGCACCAUCGAGCAGGCCAAGCGCAUCGCCGCACACCAGGCCGUGGAUGAAUAUGUUAAAAGCGGCUUUGUGGUAGGUGUUGGCAGUGGCUCCACCAUAGUUUACGCUGCUGAGCGCAUUGGAGAGCUCGUUAAGGGGCAUAAACUUUCCGGUAUUAAAUGCAUCCCUACAUCUUUCCAAGCUAAGCAGCUUAUCGACAAGUAUAAGCUUACGCUUUCAAGUUUAGAAGAGUUUCCGGUGAUCGACGUAACCAUUGACGGAGCUGAUGAGGUAGAUUUACAGCUAAACUGUAUCAAGGGUGGUGGUGCUUGUCAAUUGCAGGAAAAAAUUGUAGCUUUUGCUGCCAAAAAGUUCGUGAUAGUUGCCGACUACCGCAAGGAAUCUAGAUUUCUUGGCGAGAAAUGGACGCAGGGCGUACCUAUUGAGGUCAUUCCUAUGGCUUACGUGCCGCUUAUGAACAAGAUCGAGCAGGAUUUUGGUGGCAAGCCCGUGCUUCGCAUGGCUAAAUGCAAGGCAGGACCGGUGAUCACGGACAAUGGCAACUUUGUACUUGAUGUCGAUUUCGGCGUCAUAAGUAACCCGAAGACGUUGUGUGAUUACCUUAAGUUGUUGCCUGGUGUGGUGGAGGUUGGGCUCUUUUGCGGCAUGGCAGAUAAAGCCUUUUUUGGACAGAUAGAUGGCUCGUUCACAACUCUGGUCGCCAAAAAAUCUGCAUAA